GUCGGCAACAUAACACAGCAGCAUAUUUUGUUAAGGAGCUGAUAUUUUGUUAAAAAAGUGAUUUUUACGCAAUAGUUUUAUACUGCACAAUUCUGGAAUAUAUAGCGUAUUUCGUUGAAGACAUGGACUUAAAACGUUUGGCAUGCAAAACGGGCUUGGGUGAUGGCCCAGAUGCCAAGCGCGCAACAGCUGCAGAUGCAGAUGAUGACCUUCUGCAGCUGGAUCAGGAAUCAGGUAUAGAUAAAGAUACGAGCGAUGCACAGCCAGAAUGCUUGCAAAUGGAAGUUACCAAGGAAACGGAUUGUGAUAGCCUAAAAGCUGAGCGCGAUAAUCUAUCGCCCAGCAAUCAUGUGGCGCCCUACACUGGCAACGGAUGUGCGCCUUCAUUAGAGUCUUUUAUGUUUCAACAGACACCUGCUGGUAGCCAGCUCUGCUCCUGGAUGUCAAAUACUGAGUCAAAGACCUCCGCCAAUGAUGGGCAAACUUUAUUUGAAUCGGACAAGGACUCCAAAUCGAAUACACAGACUGCCAAGCUAAAUCGCAAGGCACUCACCAAUUUACGUCGUCAGAAUGCAUUGCGCGCCCUUGAGCUGGAGCGCGAACUGGCCACAAAGACACCGCAGGCACCGACGCUGCUUGUACGAUUUCCAGAUCCAAAAAUAAGCGUUGCUUCGGUCAGUGAGUUCUCGGAGAGCAUUCGCGAUGUGGUCUUUCCCACAAAUGUGGCGCAGCGUUAUUGUUUGGUCCAUUUGAAGGCUGGCGCAAAUGUCGAGCGUACCAUAGAGGAGUUAAAGCAAGUUCGCUUCGGUCAUGGCCGUUUGCAUGCUGAACUGAAGACAUUCACCGAUGAGGAGCAGGCUGAAUGUAUUGAUCCCUGCUCACUAUAUGUGAGCAACAUACCAUUCAAUAUGAAUGCUGCCGAUAUUAAGGUGUUUGUCAACUCCAUGCGUGUUGAUAUCGGUGUUAUGAAACGCCAGAAGCGCGCACGUUAUGCAUUUGUACGCUAUGCCAAUGCCGAGAUGGCUAUGGAUGCCUUCAGAGACCUGGUGCGUCGUACACUCAACAAUCGCAUAUUGACCGUACGCUAUCGUCGCCUACGCAAACGCUUAACCCAUCCAACUGCGGCCUCGAUGUGUGCCAUCUCCAAUCUGACAAUUGAUACGAUUGCCACCGACGAUGAUGCUGUUGAAUGUCGCGUAAUUUCACCACCACCAGUGGAGUCGAUUACCAUCAUGGACAGUGAUGACGAGGGUCACCAUUGUGAAUCGCAUAGCGUUGUUAGCCUAAGCAGCAGUAUUCCCCACAAGAAGCGUGAGAGUAAAAUGACCGCUCAGGAGAAAGAGAUACAGCGCCUCAAAUUGCAGGUGGCUGAGCAUGGAGCUAUCAUAAGGAGCUUACAAAAGAGAGAAGGCAGUAUUGCCAAUGUUAUAGCUAAAAUUGAGCCACAAUCUGACCUGACCACAGAUAAAUCUUCAUUGAUGCAGCGUUCACUAUCGCCGUGUUCUAGUUAUGAUAUCAAAAUGGAAAAUGAUUAUUUAGGUAUUGCUCAGAAUACGCCCGAACCGGAGCCGGACUUCUUACUCGAUGCCGUACCGAAUUCGCCCUAUCGCGGCACAACUUGCCCAAUUGACGGCAUGGAGGGCCCCAUCAAAUCAUCCGAUUGUUUUGGCUGGUUGAUUUCAGGUCUCGGACGUCGCAAGAGCACAAAAUCUAGUGCGCAGCAGCUACAGAAACAGUCAAACAACAAUAGCAUUAACAACAGCAACAACAGCAACAGUAACAAUAACAACAGCAACAUCAACAUCCACAAAGAGAAUAAAAAUAAGAAAACUCCAAAAGUUGCCAACUUGGAGGUGCUUCAUGCGCAAGUCGAAGCCGAUUUGGAUACAUAGAUAGGAUAGGAUUUAUGUAAAACCUACCAAAUUGUAGCACCUCAAAAUUAUUUGCGUAUAAGACUUUAUAAUUUAAUUCACCAUCAGCUUCAUAUAAUCAUAUAUACAUAUGUGUGUGUUAUAUGUGCCCCAGUAGUAGUAAUAGUAGUCUUCGUCACAAUAGAUAGUGAAGCAAUAGGGAUUUAUACCGUGUAAUAGUGUUUUAACAUUCAUAUUUAUUUAUAUUUUUUGUUUUUCGAUCACUUUUGCAAAACGUACAAUUCUAAGUAAUUGUAACACACA